AUGACCGCUUUCUUAUUAAAGUGCCUAGUCUUGGCGCUGUGCAUCAGCGCGCACAGGCUCUUGGCAGACCCCCUGGCUGAGGAGGAUGAUGGAUCCGGUGACAGUGCCUCGACCCUGGCCUUUGUGUUCGAUGUUACCGGCUCCAUGUACGACGAUCUGAAACAGGUGAUCGAGGGCGCCUCACGGAUCCUGGAAAAGACCCUCAGCCGGAUUACCAGACCCAUCAAAAACUUUGUCCUGGUCCCCUUCCAUGACCCAGAUAUUGGUCCUGUAUCCAUCACCACUGACCCAAAGAAGUUCCAGCAGGGUCUGCAAGAACUGUUUGUCCAGGGUGGAGGUGAUUGUCCUGAGAUGAGUAUCGGAGCCAUAAAGAAAGCCUUGGAGGUUUCACUGCCUGGAUCCUUCAUCUACGUCUUCACAGACGCCAGAGCAAAAGACUAUCGCCUUAAAAGAGAUGUUCUGCAGCUGGUGCAGCUCCGACAAUCACAGGUUGUGUUUGUGUUGACUGGGGACUGCGGUGAUCGCUCUCAGCCUGGCUACAGGGCUUACGAGGAGAUCGCUGCUACCUCUUCCGGACAGAUCUUUCAUCUGGAUAAGCAACAGGUCAACGAGGUCUUAAAGUGGGUAGAAGAGACAGUACAAGCCAUGAAGGUCCACCUGCUGUCUUCAAAUCAUGACAGUGCCCAGGAGAACAAGUGGGAGGUGCCGUUUGACCCCAGCCUUCGAGAGGUCACUGUGUCACUCAGUGGACCAGCACCACAAAUUGAGCUUAGCGAUCCCUAUGGUCAUGUUGUUGGUGAAGAUCAGGGCCUUAAAGAGUUGCUAAAUAUUCCCAACUCUGCUAAAGUUGUCAACCUGAAGUUCCCCAGACCUGGAGCUUGGAAAAUGAAGGUGAGCUGCAGCGGGCGCCAUACUCUGAGGGUCACAGGAGUCAGCAAUCUAGACUUCCGUGCGGGCUUUUCCAGUUUGCCUGUUUCUGAGUUCAACCAAACCAGAGAAAGGCCAAUAAAAGGACUUCCAGCUCAUGUUUUGCUGAAAUGCACAAACCUGAAGCCUCCUGGUCAGCUGAGCCACGUGGAGCUCAUGUCAGGCUCAGGCCGCUCUUUACGCACCAUCACUGUGCCUCUGCCUUCUGACCUUGGUCAACAAGGACUGUGGAGUCUCCCGGAGUUCCGCACGCCCUCCCAGAGCUUUUACAUCAAGGUGACGGGAAAAGACGCAGAGGGUUACCGCUUCCAGAGGCUGUCCAGUGUCUCCUACACCAACAUCGUUCCAGAUCCUCCAGUUGUGAGCAUGCCUGAUGUGGUGAAGGGCUACUACAUGCAGCCUGCUGUGAUUGGCUGCUCAGUGGAGAGUGACAUUCCCUACAGGCUUAGAUUCACCAGAAGUGGGAUUAUGCUGGGAGAGGAGAAGUUCUUUCAGAACUCUGCUAUAGCAUCAUGGGAGAUUUCCCAUGUGUCGGCUGAGGACGAAGGCCUUUACGAGUGUGUAGCCCAUAGCACAGCAGGACAAGGACGUGCCUUAACACAGCUUACUGUUAGAGAGCCUCCUCCGGUCCUGAAACCAGCCGUGAAUGUGACUUCCUCCGUUGGAGGCGUGGCUGUGCUCUCCUGCCAGGUGGAAGGCUCCAUACGCCACAACCUGACCUGGUACAGAGCGGGCCGUAUCAUCCGAGCCCGUGCAGGGAGAGUGAAGCUGCUGCCUGACUCGUCCCUGCAGAUCAGUCCAGUUAGGACUCAGGACGCUGGAGAGUAUCGCUGUGUGGCAACCAACACCCACGGAGACAGUAGGAUCGCAGUGUGGCUUCUUGUCCCAGAGGCUCCUUCUGUAGAAGUUUACCCCCAGAGCCAGGCUUUCUCCCGAGGGGACGAGAUCCGCCUCGUCUGUUCGGCGUCCGGCUCCCCUCCUCCCCAGCUCUUCUGGAGCCAUGGAAACAUGUUCCUCACUAAUCGGCCGAGGUUCAGCCUCAACCAAAAUGGAGUUCUGACUAUUAGAGGGGCCUUACCUGAGGAUGCUGGGAACUACACAUGUUUAGCAACCAAUGAGGCUGGGACAGACUCUCAGUCUGUGUCACUUACUUAUGCAGAGGUGCCUAGAAUAACUGUGGCACAGCAGGCCGUACUAGUAUCUGUUGGCGGUGAUGCCACUUUGGAGUGUAAAACCACAGGUGUUCCCCCUCCUCUUGUUCACUGGUUCAAAGGUGAGCUCGAGGUGGGCUCUGCUCCUUUUGUUGAGCAGGAUGUACACCGCGGCACCUUACACAUCAGAGGGGUGCAGGAGGUCGAUGCCGGUCAGUACAGCUGCGUAGCCAGCAACUCUGCUGGAACCUCUGCUCGCACUGUCAGUCUGGAGGUUGGAGCGGGCCCAUUGUUCUCUGAGGCACCUGUUGAUGCAACAGCCAGUGUAGGGGAGAAUAUCACCCUCCCCUGUAAUGCCCGAGGUUUCCCACUGCCAACAGUAACCUGGCACAGGCAGGGUGGCAGACAGAUUCCUAAGAGGACAGACAGCCACAGUAGAGCAGUGCAGCUGGAGAACGGACAUCUUUUAAUCCAGAGUGUGUGGCUGGAUGAUGAAGGGCUGUACAUUUGUGAGGCACAGAACCAGUUUGGAACCAUCAAGACUGAAGCCAGAGUUAGUGUCACUGGACUGGAGCCCCCUCUCUUAGCCCAGAGUCCCCCACUCAUCACCACUGGUAUCGGUCAGUCCCUGAGUAUCCCCUGCAUGUUACUGGAUGGAAUACCUCUUCCAGAAAGACACUGGUCCUACAAUGGAAAACCUGUCCAGCUGAACGGGAGAAUGUUCAUGAGGAGUGAUGGGAGUUUGUACAUUGAAAGAGCCAGCCCAGAGGACACUGGGACAUAUGUCUGCACUGCUGUGAAUGUAGCAGGCACUACGAACAUCACAGUUAGCCUGGAAGUCCAUGUGCCCCCUGAGAUCAUCGCCGGUCCAUACCACUACAUAGCCAACGAGGGUGCAGCCAUCGCGCUGUCAUGUGAGGCCAGUGGAGUUCCCAAGCCAAAAGUUGUCUGGUCCAAGGGGAGGCAGCCUCUGCCCAGGGACCGCUCCACUCUUCAGUCUGACCCUGAUGGAUACCUCCACAUCCCCCACCCCACUACUCAGGAUGCAGGGAUCUACAUCUGCACAGCCACCAGUCCUGUGGGCUAUGCUAGCCGAGAGAUCCAGCUCAGUGUAAACACCAUGCCUAAGAUAAUGGGAGUGAGCGGCCAUGACAACACGGUGAAGAUGGCUGCAGAGGUGGGCACAGAGGUUGUUCUCCCAUGUGACGCCCAAGGGAGUCCCUCUCCACUUGUUACAUGGAGCCGGAAUGGGCAUCCUAUCCCCCCUGUCACAGCUGGGUUCACGGUUUUGCCUUCAGGCUCUCUGAGGAUCACUGAUGUGCGCCUGAUUGAUAGUAAACUGUACACCUGCACUGCAGAAAACCCAGCAGGCAAUGUGUCCCUAAGCUACAAUUUACACGUCCAAGCUAAGCCUAGGAUUCAGCCAGCACCUUCCCUCCUGAAAGCUCUGAUGGGCCAAACGGUGACUCUGCCAUGUGUGGUCCAGGGAGAGCCAAGCCCGGAGAUCAGCUGGUUUCACAAUGGACUUCCUGUUGGGGUCAAGAAUACUACACCCCUCAGGAUCCAGCGGGCCAGCCUUGAUGAUCAGGGCAUUUAUCAGUGUGUGGCCAAGAACAAUGCUGGACAAGAGACCUUGGAGAUUGAGCUUCAGAUACUAGAGGCCCCAUCCUUUGCAGAACCUGGAGAUGCAAUCAUGGAAAAAGUAGCAAACAGCAAGGUCAUCAUCCCCUGCCCUGCUGAAGGCUCACCUCGUCCCAAGGUGCGCUGGUUUAAGAACGGCCUGGAGAUAUACCCCGAAAUAUCUGAGUUUUCUAUGACGACGGAUGGCACUCUGGUAAUUAGCACAGCGUCUGCCAGCCACAGUGGAGACUACAAGUGUGUGGCCACCAAUGAAGGCGGUUCUGUGGAGAGAAAGACAAGACUCAAAGUAAAUGUCCACCCAGAGAUCCAAGAUGACGGCCAGCCACUGAACCUCACUGUCACCUUGAAGCAGCCUCUCACUCUGGGCUGUGAUGCCUUUGGUAUCCCCUCCCCAACAAUCACCUGGACUAAAGAUGGUCAUUCUGUUGACAGCCCUGGGGUUUACCUGCAGAAUGGGAACAGGAUGCUGAGAAUCUACAGAGUUCAGCCAGAACAUGCUGGAAAAUUUGCGUGUACAGCUCAAAACUCAGCUGGAGAGGCCCGGAGAGAAUAUCACAUAGUGGUGCAAGCUCCACCGGUGAUCUCAGGAACAUCCCGCCUGCAGGAGCUCACUGUGGCCCUGGGCCAGGAGGUGGAGUUUCAAUGUCGAGUUAGUGGAAAACCAGCACCCAAAGUGGAGUGGAGCCGCGAUGGAGAGGUUCUGUCCCGUGAUGGAGACCCCCAUGUGGAGUUUCUGGAAGAUGGCCAGGUGUUGAAGGUGAAAUCUGUAAGACUGAGGGACCAGGGGCUUUACCAGUGUCUGGCCAGUAACAAUGCAGGAACUCAGAUGCGCCAAUUCAGACUCACAGUACAAGCUCCCCCCACCAUCAAAGGCCCCAGUGAGACCUCAGAGGUGUCAGUGGUGCUGGGUUUUCCCACAGUCCUGCCCUGUGAUGUUGAAGGAUCACCCACUCCCAGUAUCACUUGGUUGAAAGACAACCAGCCCAUCGUGUCCAGUCCCCAGCUCACAUACACCCGCGGUGGUCAGGCACUGAGGCUGGGCUCAGCACAGGGAGACAGCACUGGCCUCUACACCUGCAGGGCAACCAAUCCAGCUGGCACCGCCAUUAAACAGUAUUCUCUCAGUGUUUUGGUCCCACCACAGAUCGAGGGUGACUCCUCAACAGUUGGUGGUCGUGAGAAAAAAGUGCGAAUCAAUGGGAGUUUGACUCUUUCCUGCCUUACCAAAGGAUUCCCUGAGCCCAAUGUUCAGUGGUUCAAAGAUGGACAGUUAAUUAAGGGAAAAAACCAUCCUGGUCUACGGGAGAGCGGCCAGCUCCUUGAGAUAGAGAACGCCAUGAUGUCCCAUGAAGGGCAGUACACCUGCGUUGUCACCAACUCUGCAGGAGAGGACAAGAGAGACUUUCAUGUCACCAUUCAGGUUCCUCCUGUUUUUCACCGGGUGACUAACAGAGAAGCAGCCUGGGGUCUGGGACAUGAAGAUGAUGAAGAUGACAUGGUGGAUAAGCGGGAGGUGGUCCUGGGCCAUUCAAUAAGCCUGUCCUGUGAGAGCAAUGCCAUCCCGCCACCCAAGCUCAGCUGGUACAAGGAUGGUCAAAAACUCACUUCUGCUGAUGGAGUGGUACUACAUCCAGGGGGACAGGUGCUUCAAAUAACCAGAGUUCAGAGAGAAGAUGCUGGGAGGUAUACAUGUCAAGCUGUGAAUGAGGCUGGAGAGGACCGCAUGCACUUUGAACUAGAGAUCCUAGUCCCUCCUGUAAUAAUGGGAGCGACUGAGUUCAUGGAGGAAAUGGGAGCAGUGGUGAACAGUACUGUAGUCCUUCACUGCGAUGCCACUGGACACCCUGCUCCAGCCAUCUCCUGGCUGAGAGAUGGGCAGCCCGUGCACUCAGACUCUCAGCAUCACAUCAGCAAGGAUGGGACUCAACUCCAGCUCCUCAGUGUCCAGGUUUCAGACAUGGCUGGGUAUUCAUGUGUAGCAGAGAACAAGGUUGGAACAGUGGAGAAACAUUUCAGUCUAACGGUUCAAGUUCCUCCAAAAGUAAACGGUCGCAAAAAUGAGGAGGUCAGUGUGGUUGAAGGCCACAUGGUGUCUUUACUGUGUGACGUCCAGGCGUACCCUCCUCCUGAGAUCACCUGGACAAAAGACGGGCAGGUCCUCCGAUUUAGCACUGGUAUCCACAUUCUGCCAGGUGGCCAGAUGCUACAGUUGCCCCGGGCCAGAUUAGAAGAUGCAGGGCAAUAUGUGUGCACAGCCACCAACCCUGCAGGCCAGGACCAGAGGAGUAUUAUUCUCAGUGUUUAUGUCCCACCCAGCCUGAAGCCACGUCCAGAUGCUGAGUCAGACCUGGUCACCCCACAAGUUGGCUCCUCAGUCAUGCUGAGAUGCGAAGCCCAAGGUGUACCUCAGCCCGAGGUCACGUGGUACAAGAAUGGGCUGCAACUGGCUGCAGGGAAUGGACUGAAGAUUGAUCAUCACCAGCUGGAGAUCGUAGGAGUUCAGUUGGCAGACGGUGGCACCUACACCUGCAAAGUAUCUAAUGUGGCUGGGCAGGUGGACAAGGCAUUCAGACUGACAGUUCAUGUUCCACCUGUCCUGGACGGGCCUCUCAGGGAGUCCCUGAACUUCACCCUUGGCUCCCAUGUGGCCCUACUGUGUGAAGCCUCAGGGGUCCCUGUUCCGAGUAUCACCUGGUUCAAAGAUGGAACUCCUAUUGAGAGCAGUCUGCAGUGGCAGUGGUCAGUUCGAGGGAACAGGCUGGAACUGGGUCCUCUCACUCUGUCUCAUGCUGGAUUAUACACCUGCGUGGCUAAAAACAGCGAAGGACAAACACAGAGAGACUACUUUCUCACAGUGCAGGUAUCACCUACCAUCCUGGACUCUGAACACCCAUCUGAUGUGAGUGCAGCUGUAGGAGAAGAGCUGACCCUGGAGUGCAGAGCCACAGGAAUUCCCACCCCACGCCUCAGCUGGCUAAAAGACGGAGUGACUUUAGAAGGAUCAAACACGCGGCACGUCUCUGUGACCCCUGAUGGUAGCACACUAACAUUACUGAGGCUGAAUCCUGAGGAUUCUGGGACAUACACCUGUUUGGCUGCCAGCCCAGCAGGACAGGAGAGCAAGAUCUACACCCUCUUUGUACUUGUCCCACCAUCUAUCUCUGGUGAGACCACCAUCCCUAGAGAGGUGCAGGUGACACAGGACAGCGCUGUGACUCUGGAGUGCCAGGCAGCAGGAAGUCCUCCACCUCAGAUAAGCUGGCUGAAGAACGGGCGUCCAAUGCUUCUUUCUCCACGUGCUCGCCUGCUGUCUGGUGACUCUGUGCUGAGGAUUUCUCCUGUGCAGCUGUCUGACUCUGGUGUUUAUACAUGCGUGGCACGUAGUCGAGCUGGGCUUGCUGAGCUCACCUAUGAUGUCCAGGUCCAAGUGCCCCCUGGUGUGGAUCAUGUUGAACCAGUGGAGCCUGUAACAGUGGUUCAGGGAUCUUUGGUGACAUUAACUUGUGAGGCCCGAGGUGUUCCCCCUCCAACACUGACAUGGAUGAAGGACAACCAGCCACUCUCUCUUCACCGUAACCUGCUGCUGGACGGACGAGAGACAAGGUUACAGCUUCCUGAUGUUGCACCUUCAGAUGCAGGCCUCUACAGCUGUGUGGCCAGUAACCAGGCUGGAAGCAGCACAAAGAGCUUUAACCUCACCGUGCUUGAGCCUCCAAAGAUUUCCAGCUCUGGCUCUCCAGAAGAACUGACCAUAGCAGUAAACAGUCCACUGGAACUUGAAUGCGCUGCAGUGGGAGUCCCACCUCCCACCCUCACCUGGCUCAAAGAUGGUCAUCCCCUGGUAGGGACUGACAUUGUUCAGCAGGAUGGACAGUUUGUCAGGAUAAGCAAAGUUCAGGUGGAAGAUGCAGGCCUGUACACCUGCUUGGCCAGCAGCCUAGCAGGAGAAGAUGGACAAAAUCACUGGGUCCGAGUCCAAGUACCACCUACCCUCGUUGGCUCAGACGAUGUGAGGACACUAACUGUUCCAGUUAAUGGACAUCUGACCUUGGAGUGCCUUGCUGAUAGUGACCCUGCUCCCAAUAUAGAGUGGUACAAGGAUGAGGCCAAACUGCAGCUGGGUGGUCGUAUCCAGCGGCUGGCCGGGGGUCAGUACCUGGAGAUACAGGAAGUCAGGCCAGAGGAUAGCGGCCACUACAGCUGUGUGGUGACCAACAUGGCAGGAAGCACCAGUCUGUUUUUCACUGUGGAGAUUCUCUUGCCACCAGUAAUAAAGGAGGGCAGUGCAGUGGUGACUGCACAUGUCGGUCAGGAUGCAGUUCUGCCUUGUGAGGUUGAAGGGGACCUUUCUACUACAGUCAUGUGGAGGAAAGAUGGCUUCCCUUUAAGUCAAGAUAUCAAAAAGUACACUUUCUCAUCAGAGGGCUCACUGCGUGUACAUGGGGUACAGCUGAGUGAUGCAGGUCGAUACUACUGCACUGUGUCCAACCAGGCUGGCUCAGAUCACAGAGGAAUGGAUCUACGGGUGUUUGUGGGUCCUUCAAUCAGUCCGGGUCCAUUUAAUGUGACAGCAACCACCGGGAUCAGAGCUGUGCUGAGCUGUGAGACUACAGGUAUUCCCUCACCCACAGUGUCCUGGAAAAGAAAUGGCACUCCACUUGACAUCAGCCAGCAGCCCAGUGCAUACAGGUUACUCUCCUCUGGGUCACUGGUUCUUCUGUCACCAUCCAAUGAGGAUGAAGGUUACUUUGAGUGCACUGCUGUCAAUGAUGUUGGAGAGGAGCGCAGAGUCAUCGAGGUCAUCCUACAAGUUCCACCAUCUAUCGAAGACGACGUCACAACAGUCACAGCGGUGAAGAUGUCUCCUGUGGUUUUACCAUGUCAUGUACAAGGACGACCUCAACCUACUGUCACCUGGACCAAGGGAGGAGCCAAGCUGGGCUCCAGAGGAGGAUCUUACCGUGUCCUUCCCACUGGAGUGUUGGAGAUAACUGCUGCUGUGCCGAGUCAUGCUGGCAGAUACACAUGCUCAGCUCGCAACCCAGCUGGAGUGGCUCACAAACACAUCACUCUAACUGUGCAAGAGCCCCCAGAGAUCAGGCCAAUGGCAGAAGAAGUACAAGUGGUGUUGCAUCAUGGUAUUGUUCUACCCUGUGAGGUCCAAGGCCUCCCAAGGCCUUCCAUCACCUGGCAAAGAGAGGGGGUUCCCAUAGCAGCAGGUCACAGGCUGGCUGUGCUCUCAAACGGAGCUCUGAAGUUUUCUCGUGUCACGCUUGGUGAUGCAGGGACAUACCAGUGUCUGGCAAAGAAUGACGCUGGUGUAGCUGUCGGCAAGACAAAACUUGUCCUUCAAGUUCCUCCGGUGUUGAGUGUGCCUCGUGUGGAGUACACUGCAGUGUUAGGUCAACCAGUCAGUCUGGAUUGUGUGGCUGAUGGGCAGCCUCAACCUGAAGUCACCUGGCAAAAAGAGAGGAGGCCUUUAGUUGAUGGCACUCAUAUACGUAUCUAUGCCAAUGGAACCUUGGCUAUUACUUCUACCCAACGCAGUGACGCAGGUCUGUACACAUGUACAGCCAAAAACCUUGCUGGUAGAGCCAGCAAUGACAUGAGGCUGGUUAUUCAAGUUCCACCCAUGAUUCCUCCUGCACAGACUGAACUGUCAGUCAUUCAAGGAUUCCAGGCGUUGUUGCCCUGUGCUGCUCAGGGUUCACCUGAGCCCAGGGUAUCAUGGGAAAAAGAUGGAGUGUCUGUGCCCAACCUGCCAGGAAAAUUCACUGUCCUGAGAUCAGGAGAGCUCAUUAUUGAGAGAGCGGAAGUUGGGGAUGCUGGUGUGUUCACAUGCGUGGCCACCAAUGCAGCAGGCUCUGUGAGACAAGACAUCCGCCUGUCCAUCAACAUGAGGCCUGCCUUCAAGGAACUGCCAGGUGAUGUUACCCUCAACAAAGGGCAGAGUCUGGCUCUGUCCUGCCAUGCUCAGGGAACUCCCUCUCCUGUCAUCUCCUGGACCGUUAACAACAAUCCUUAUCGAGGUGCGACUGUAGAUGAGGCAGGCAGGAGCUCCGUGACUGUUGACAAUGUGACGAUGAGUGAUGCUGGGACCUACGUGUGCAUUGCAGAAAACAGCGUUGGCUCCAUUCGAGCACUCUCAUUUGUCCGCAUCAGAGAGCCACCAGUGUUGAAGGGGGAAGCUCACAUGUCUCAAACCAUCAUUCAGGGCAGCUCUGCUAUUCUUGACUGUCCCAUUCAUGGCAACCCCAGUCCUGUCCUCCGCUGGCUCCGGGAUGGAAGAGCACUGUUGCGCUCUCACAGAAUGCAAGCGCUUCACAAUGGAUCCUUAGUCAUCUACAGUGUCACUGCUGCUGAUGAAGGAGAGUACCAGUGUGUGGCUGAGAGUGAAGCUGGAACAGCUGAGAGGACCAUUACUCUCAAGGUUCAGAUCAAUGGAGGCUACUCAAACUGGGAGGAGUGGGGUCCAUGUAGUAGCAGCUGUGGACAGGGCUUUCAAGAACGAACCAGAUUAUGCAACAAUCCAGAACCAGCCAACGGCGGUCGAUCAUGCAGCGGUCCCAGUAUUGACUCACGGAAAUGUCAAGCUGGUCUCUGUCCAGGAGAGAGUCCUCGUAAGACCAGAGGCAGCCUGAUCGGCAUGGUGAAUGAGAGAGAGUUCGGUGUGUCUUACCUUGAGGCCAACAUCACAGACAAUGAGGUGGAGGGAAGUAGCACUCUGAAGGCACGCCUGGACAACAUCCCUCCCAGUGUGGGUCCUUUAAUGAGGGUGCUGGUGUCUGUGUUUGCUCCCAUCUACUGGACCACUGUGCUGCAGAAUGGAGAGGCGAGAAACGGAUUCUCCUUCACUCAGGGCCAGUUCAGACAGGAGUCCCAGCUGGAGUUUGAGACUGGGGAGAUCCUUCGUUUGACUCAUGUGGCCAGAGGUGUGGACUCUGAGGGAGUUUUACUAAUUGAUAUUGUUAUUAAUGGGUUUGUGCCUCCUUCACUGACGUCAUCUCAUCUAAGCCUUCAGGAGUUCGAUGAGUCAUAUGUGCAGACAGGCCAAGGGCAGCUGUACUCGUGGUCCUCGCAGGCCCACCAGAGAGGAGGAAACCCUCUGGUGCUGCGCUGCAAUCACACCAUUGUUUACGAGGGCCAGGAGGAGCGCCAGGGCCCACUGCUGCAGCUGCUCAAGGUUUCUGGGAUGAACAGCGUCUACAACAUGUUUACCCUCACUGUAGACUUCCAUAUCACUGCCAGCCUUCUCGUACCAGAUGGUUAUGAUGAAACAUGCCCUAAAGGUUUCAUUCUUGACACGGCCUCCUACUGCGCUGAUGAAGAUGAGUGUGCUCAUAACUCUCCCUGCUCACACUCCUGUAACAACAUCAUGGGAGGGUUUUCCUGCGCUUGUCCCUCUGGCUUCACCAUCUCUACUGAUACGAACACAUGCACGGAUAUCGACGAGUGUUCCCAGGGCUCACACAUGUGCCACUACAACCAGCAGUGUGUCAAUACAGUGGGAGCAUAUCGCUGCCAGGCCAAGUGUGGACCAGGAUUCAAACCCAGCAUCACAGGAGCCAGCUGUGAAGAUGUGGAUGAGUGCCAGGAGUCAGCUCUCUCCCCCUGCCAGCAUCAGUGUCUCAACACUCUGGGCUCCUUCCGCUGUAUCUGCCAUCCAGGCUACCAGCUGUCAGGACAUCGCUGCAUUGACAUUAAUGAGUGCAUGAGGAAUGUGUGCCCGGCUCACAAGGAGUGCAGAAACACAGAGGGAGGAUACCAGUGUCUCGACAGCUGCCCAGCAGGCAUGACCAAAGCAGAGAGUGGAGCCUGUGUUGAUAUUGAUGAGUGCCAGGAUGGAAGUCACAUGUGUCGCUACACUCAGGUCUGUCAAAACACAGUCGGAGGUUACGGCUGUGUUUGUCCAAGAGGUUACCGGUCUCAGGGAGUAGGCCUCCCAUGUCUGGAUGUUGACGAGUGCGCUCAGACACCAAACCCCUGUGCCUUCCAGUGUCGCAACGUUCCUGGCAGCUUUAGGUGCCUGUGCCCUCCUGGUACCGUGCUGCUUGGAGACGGGCGCUCCUGUGCCGGACUUGAGAGGGGGACCACCUAUACUAAUGGCACCAGAGUCAGGGCAAGACUUAGACCACAGCUGGUGUCGUCUCUGGGCAGGCCAAUCCUUUCCCGUUCUCAGGGAGUGUCUCGCAUUACCAGACAGAGCUGUCCUGCAGGGUACAGCAACAGAGACGGCACAUGUGUUGAUGUAGAUGAGUGUCUGCUCAGGAAGCCCUGUCAGCACAAGUGCCACAACACCAUUGGCAGUUUCCAGUGUCUGUGUCCACCUGGUUACCAGCUCCUACCAAACGGCAGGAGCUGUAAAGAUAUUGAUGAAUGUGUAGAACAAGGCAUCAAAUGUGGACACAAUCAGAUGUGUUUUAAUACCCGAGGGGGAUACCAGUGCCUGGACACACCCUGUCCAGCAUCCUAUCAGAGCGGAAGAAGCCCUGGAACCUGCUACAGGCCGUGCACUCUUGACUGUCCUGCAGGAGGCUCUCCUCUGCUCCUGCAGUACAAGCUGCUAACGCUCCCCUCUGGUAUCGCCUCCAAUCACAACGUGGUACGACUGUCCGCUUUCUCAGAGUCAGGCAUUCUGCAGGAACGUACGUCCUUUACCAUACUAGAGCAAGAAUCAGAGACGGGUGCAAUGGGCCGAGUAUUUGGUAUCAGAGACGAGGCAGGCAGGGGGAUCAUCUUCACACUGCGACCUCUGGACAGACCAGGACUAGUACGGCUCAAGGUGCAGGCUACCACCAUCUCACCACAGGGCCGAAUUACCUACCAGAGCAUCUUCAUCAUCUAUAUCUCCAUAUCAACGUACCCCUACUGAGACUUUCCCCAACUGCUUUACAAAUGACUGCCUCACUGUGGCCUCUGAAUGCCUCUUUAAAGACUAUUGUCAAAAUCCUGUGCUUUGGCCACCACAGCCCUGCAAAGAAGCUAAUUAACAAGCUAUUCAAACACCUUAAAUACACGGUGGAAAUGGUAAGGAAGUGAAUCUGUUGAGUGUGUGAUCUGUUUGUGACUGACAUGAUGAAAAAUGUGGAAAUGACAGUUUCCUAAAGAAAAAAAUCAUUUGUUUCUGCAAUGUCUGAAAC